GUAACGAAAUGGAUAUGAUGGCGAUCGAUCGACCACGUGGGAGAUAAUGCCACGUCUCUUGUAAGAUUGGCCGACAGUUGUAACCAAACUACAUAUUUCUUCCCUCUCUCGUCAACAUGUUCUUUGGUCGCAUCCUGGCUGGCUUCGUUGCCGUGACCGUUGCGGCAUUUUUUUGCGCACAAUCCGUUGAGGCUGCCAAGGGUCCAAAGAUCACUCACAAAGUCUUCUUCGAUAUUAAACAUGGUGACAAGGACUUGGGUCGAAUUGUGAUCGGGCUUUAUGGUGGAACUGUCCCCAAGACCGUUGAGAACUUCCGUGCAUUGGCAACCGGGGUAAAGAAGGACGGCACUAAGCUGCCUGAUGGUUUCGGUUACAAGGGCUCCAAGUUCCACCGUGUCAUCAAGAACUUCAUGAUUCAGGGUGGAGACUUCACUCGUGGCGAUGGAACCGGCGGAGAGUCCAUCUAUGGCAACCGAUUUGCGGAUGAGAACUUUAAGCUCCGUCACACCUCACCCGGUGUUCUUUCCAUGGCGAACGCCGGUAAAGAUACUAACGGCUCACAAUUCUUCAUCACUACUGCUGUGACUGGCUGGCUUGAUGGCAAGCAUGUCGUUUUCGGCAAAGUUGUUGAGGGAAUGGACAUCGUAAACACGAUCGAGGAUGUCGCGAAGGGCAGGAACGAUAAACCUGUUGAAGAUGUCGUCAUUGUGGACAGCGGCGAGCUCCCCGUCGAGCCUGUAGUAGAUGAGAGCGGUAAUGAGACCAUUGUGUCGGGAGCCUCCGGUACCCCACGUACCCCAAUGUCUCAAUCGACACCAGACGCGACACACGUCAGACCCGCAGAAGACAUAUCCGUUCCUACUACCCCCGCUUCCUCAGAACAGGACCAGCAGGACGAAAUUGAGGUGCCAGUCCAAGAGGAAGGCUGGGACUUCUUUAAUUACAUUCUUUCCAUUGCAAUCGUUGUCGCUGUGGGUUUGCUUCUCUGGUGGAUGGGUGCCGGACGGGCGUUCAAGACGUUCUAUGAACGACGUGCGGGGAGAGGAAAGUAUAGACGGGUUGAUGACUUGGAGAAGUAAGCAUAUAGUAAGACUGGCGGAGUUCCUUUCAUUCGUUUGGUUCGGGGUGACCCUCAGAACAUGCGGACUAAUACAAUUAUACCUGCACAUUCUGCGUUGGGUCAUGAACUUGCAAGACUAGCUAGGGGCCAGCCUUAAGGCGGUCUCGACCACCGUGAAUUCCCUCGUCGCUGCAGCUAAGUAUCCUUAUGAUAACAAAGGGUGAUGAUAGAC